AUGGAGGCGACGAUGAGCGCUGCCGCGGCACCGUUCCUCGCACCGGUGGUAAAGCCGGGAGACACUGUUGGCUUCAUCUCUCCAGCGAGUCCCAUCUAUUACACAUCUUGGACGCCGAAGACCUAUCCGGAGCACAUCAACCAGACGGUCUCUCCGCUGGGCCUCAAGUCCAAGUUUGCCCCGCACUGCUUCGAAGAGUACGGCUACUUGGCCGGGACUGACCAACAGCGAGCCGACGACGUGAUGGCGAUGUUCAAAGACCCGAGCGUGAAGAUGAUCGUUGCCAACCGAGGAGGCUGGGGCUGCAACCGCUUCAUCGACAUGCUGGACUACGAAGUGAUUGCACGCAACCCCAAGGUGAUCAUGGGCUACAGCGACCUCACGGGUCUUCUCAACGCCAUUCACACCAAGACCGGCCUCGUGACCUUCCACGGGCCGAUGGGACUGGAUCAGUGGUGGAGCAAGGGUGACGGUGUGUCGGGCAAGGUCGUUCACCAAAUGGUGCAGCAGGCCGCCCCGCUUCGUCUCACCAAUACCGACAACGUGCCCAUCCGAACCAUCACCUCCGGCCGUGCGCGAGGAAAGUUGGUGGGAGGCAACCUGUCCGUGUUCAGUGCCAUGAUCGGGUGUACGAACUGCGAGGCCUCGAACAAGAACCGCACCCUCCCGCUGGACCUCAUCAUCGACCAGAAGAUCAAGCCUCUGGGCAUUCCCGCCUUCACCGGCGCUAUGUUUGGCCAUGAUCUCGAUGCCCAGUACACGCUUCCGAUCGGGCUCGAGGUGGAGAUUGACUCUGCUUCUGGUACCAUCCAGAUGCUGGAGAGCGCAGUUCGGCUCUAG